AUGGGGACUGUGCUUUCAAUAUCCCCAAUAUUAAACAAGGAGACCGUUCUGGAUGAGGAAGGUAAGACGGUGAGUGAAACCAACGGGAAAAUAGAGAAGUGCCUUAAGAAACAUUCGCUGAUCGUGUCUACUCUCACGUUUAAACAGCUGGUUAAAGCAUCAGCUAAGACGAAAAGUGACAAGAAUGUCACUCCAAAUCCUGCUCCACUACCACCACUGACUAGCAACUGUCAGGUCGAGCAUCUCAACCAUGAGAACUUGAAGAAAUCACAACAGUUGACCAACACUGAUCAAAAAACUAAAAAUGGACCUCUUGCUGUACCCAUCCCUACGGUUCCAACCCAGCUGGAGCUUCAUCUCGAUCAAUACCAGAUAUCUCCAAAGGCGAAGCAACUGGUGACGGUUCAGAAACAGCCCAGCAGCCAUUCGCUCAUCUCCCCGAGAUGCGUAAUCAUUCAGGCCUCCACCGGGGAGCUGCUCCGCUGCUUGGCAGAAUAUGUGUGCAAACGAUGCUUCAAACUCAAGGAACUCAGUCCAAACGAGGUCAUUCUCUGGUUCCGAAAUGUGGACAGGAGUCUUCUUUUGCAGGGCUGGCAGGACCAUGGGUUUAUCACGCCCGCCAACCUCGUGUUCGUCUAUCUGCUCUGUAGGGAAAUGUUAACAGACGAUGUUGACAACCCACGUGAACUUCAGGGGACCUUUCUGACCUGCCUCUUUCUGGCGUAUUCAUACAUAGGGAAUGAGAUUUCUUACCCUCUCAAGCCCUUCAUGAUCGAGACCAACAAGGACGUGUUCUGGGAACGUUCUUUGGUUGUCAUCGAUAAACUGAGUGGCAAAAUGCUGCAGAUUAAUAUAGAUCCGCACUUUUUCACAGAAGUUUUUCAAGACUUAAGAAAUGAAGGGGAUUCCAAGAAGGAUGCAAGUGAACUGGAUUGUUAAUAUGAUCAUAUUCUGCACAGUAGCUACAGAUAGAUUGAAUAUGUUCGUAAACUCUACUAGAGUGACUACUAAAUUGUAAUGUGUGGAGAUCUACACGAGAAGAUUAAUCUUUUUUUAUGUCACAGUUUUAGUGGAUUUGUCUUAACAGUACUAGCCUAAACAAAUACCCCGGUGUAGUGAUUUACAUUAGUCAAAAUAGUUUCAC